GAACGGUUCGCUAGCUCACGCCACUCAAUACUUAGCCCAUCCGUACAUUACGCGGUACACUGCUCGGAAACCGUUUAGAAACUUGACAAAUUAAAAGUAUUUUUAGGCUCGCACGCGCAACUGGUCAACUGUGAAAGUAUGUUUGAAGUGGUUAUGUAAUUUUUUUUGUUGUAUGAUCUCAGUGAUAAAGGAACGCUGUUUUGUGUUUUUGAAACGCGCCGCGGGUUUUCGGUCACGACACGACACGAUGCGUUUGCCGGCAAUUUUUUCGGAGUUAUCUUGAAUUGCGGGGGAUAUGCUAUUCUAGACAAUAGUGAACGUUAUUCUUUUUUUAUCGCGAGAGUUUUUAAAGAAUUGCUAAGGUUUAAGUUGGGGUGUUUUGUGUCGAGGUUGCUGUUUGGGGUUAUAGAUGGAAUUUCACCUAACCUAAUGACAAUUGCUAGAAUUUGAGUUGGGGUGUUUUGUUUUGAGGGUGCUAUUUAGGAGUAUAGGUAAAAUCUAGCCAGGUUUAAAGCUGAAAGGUUUUGAGGCAAUUUCGCGGGGAUAUUUAAAUUGUAGGCAGAACCUGAUUAGCCUUAAAAGUUGGGGAAGUUAAAGCCUUCCGCUGGGGGGUUUUUUCAGGGGAGUUUUCGUGGGGAGCGGGGUAGAUAGCGGGGUGGCUUUGCACGGGGGGUGGGGGCGGGCUCCGGCGCCCGCGCACGCCGCCACCACGCUGGUGGGAGGGCUGGUGCCGCCGCCGCGGGAACCCACCACGGCGGCAGAGGCCUUCUGGAAGAUGCCCCAUAAAGAUGAGCUGAUGCACAGCGCAGCAAUGGGCGGGGGCGCCUUAUUUGGGUGUUCGUCAGCUGGCCACAGCGGCAUCAACCAGCUGGGAGGAGUCUACGUCAAUGGGAGGCCGCUGCCAGACUCCACGCGGCAGAAGAUCGUGGAGCUGGCCCACUCUGGCGCGAGACCUUGUGAUAUCAGCCGCAUCCUGCAAGUGUCCAACGGAUGUGUGUCCAAGAUACUCGGCAGAUAUUACGAGACUGGGUCUAUCAAGCCGCGCGCCAUCGGCGGCUCGAAGCCGCGGGUCGCCACCACGCCAGUGGUGCAGAAGAUAGCGGACUACAAGCGCGAGUGCCCCUCCAUCUUCGCGUGGGAGAUCAGGGACCGCCUGCUCAGCGAAAACGUGUGCAAUAACGACAACAUACCUAGCGUGUCUUCAAUCAAUCGGGUGCUACGUAACCUCGCGUCGCAGAAGGAACAAGCGGCGUCGGCGCAGAACGACAGCGUUUACGAGAAGCUGAGGAUGUUCAACGGACAAGCGGCCACGGGUUGGUGGUACCCUGGGCUGCCUACCGCACCAGCGGCGCCUGCCAUCCCCGCGCCGCUGCCACCACAACUGAAUAGGACGAGUAGCGAGGAACACAAAAGAGCAGACACCCUCCAGUCCGAGGCCGGUUCGGACGGGAACAGCGAGCACGCUUCAUCAGGAGACGAGGACUCGCAGAUGAGGCUACGACUGAAGAGGAAGCUGCAGCGGAAUCGGACCAGCUUCACCAACGACCAGAUAGACAGCUUAGAAAAAGAGUUCGAGCGAACGCACUACCCGGACGUUUUCGCGCGUGAGAGGCUCGCGGAAAAGAUCGGAUUGCCUGAGGCACGUAUCCAGGUAUGGUUCUCAAAUCGGCGCGCAAAAUGGCGGCGCGAGGAAAAGCUCCGCAGCCAGAGGAGGGACGCGCCAGCGGCUUCGCCCCCGGCGCCACCCGCGCCCCGCCUGCCGCUCAACGGAGGCUUCAACUCAAUGUACAGCCCCAUACCGCAGCCCAUCGCUACCAUGAGUGACUCUUAUAGUUCGAUGUCCGGUGGUCUAUCGUCGUCGUGCCUGCAGCAGCGGGACGGCGGCUACCCGUACAUGUUCGGGGACGUGCUCGGCGGCGGCGGGUACUCGCGCGCGCCCGCCGCUCACCAGCAGCACGCCGCCUACUCACAACCGCAGACCGCGGCUAGCACGGGUGUAAUAUCGGCGGGGGUGAGCGUGCCAGUACAAAUACCGUCGCAGGGGCCAGACCUCGCGUCCAACUACUGGGGGCGGCUUCAGUGAUCUCAGCUAUUCGGGUUCCCGCAUCGACUGCUCUCGAUGCCGGAGAACCCGACUAAUGUACCCGAGUCGCCAUCUAGCGGCGAGAUCGCGCACAACUACGCUGACAUGUCCAUGAACGCUCUCAACAUGACGGCGGGACAUGACGCCAACGUUUUACCAGAAAUGCAAGAAAACAAUUCCGUAUCGUAAGACAGUUAUCAAAAUCUCAUCCCAGUGAUAUUAUUUUCCCAGUGUCUAUUAACAGUGUUUCAUUUUGUACAUUACUAUUCUAAAAUUAAUUUUAAGAGGCAACUGAUGAUGUUCAAACUUAGCGGUAAGCGACCGUGUACUAUGAAUUUUAACGCAGACUGCCAAAUGAGUUGAUUUUGUUUGAAGUCAUGCAAUAGUUUGCUUAUCCGAUGUACAGUACUUACAUAUAAUUAUAUACACGUGCAUUAUUUUUCAUCGUGCAUGGUCAAUUUAAAAUUAGUAAGCUAGGAAAGCAAUAGUAUCUUUGUAAAUAUUAGUGAACGCCAUCUGUUGUUGGGUAGAAGAAGCUUCUUUCGCCGCGCUGGAUGGCGCGAGUUCACUGUGGACAAGACGUCAUCAAGCGUUGAGUGGAGGGAAUAAAAUGUAAAUUGUUUGUGCCAACGUUUGGUAAUAAUUGAGUGUUUGCACCCUAAGCGAGCACAACCCUUUUAUUUCUUUGAUGUAUGCGUUAGGGGUGCAAAAUAUUAAUGAUACAGGAAAAAACUUUGCAAUGAGAUUCGUUAUAGCGAUUUGUUUUCACACCCCUCGCCUUGCCGACGAAUCGACACCAAUCAUGUUUUUAUUAUUGUAAAAUAAUAGUACACUAAUAAUAGUCUCAUUUAAAUGUUUUAUUUUGUUAACAUCGCCAUAGCAUAGCACGAACUUUCAGACGAACUAAUUUAUUAUUUAUUACUUAAAUUAAGGAGAUCGAUAUUGCUGUGAUUAUAUUAUAUGUAGUACAUAUGUAAUUAUAAUUAUUUUUAUCAGGAUAACCAAGAUUUGUAACACAGUCUGAAUAUAUUUGGAAUCGAUCAUUAAAAUGAAUACCCAUGUACAAAUUUGUAUACCUAGUUACCUUUUGGGAAAAAUAUUAAUUUUUAAUAGAUUUUGUUUUAAAAAAGGUAAUUUGCUGGUAUUCAGCACACGUGAAAAAAUAAUGAAAUUGAAUUCACAUUUAAAUGAAUGAAUGAAUGUAAAUUAUAAUAUAUUUUCAUUAAAUAAAAUGCAAUAUGGAAGCGGUGUAGGCGUACUUGUAUGUAAAGUAUAGUAGGUUGGAAUUUAUAAGUGUAAAAUAAUUUAUUACUCGAUUAUAAGUGCAUAUAGAUUGAGGAGAACUACAGUGAAAUUUAUUAAUAAAUAUUGCAUUAACCAU